GGUAAGAUGAGUGUUCAUGACGGUUUACAAGCAACGAAGUCUCAAGUCUACGACGGGCCUCAGACAUCGCAACCUCGCCGUGAGCCCAAGCAGGAAGAUGCGCCCUCGUACUUGCAUCAGGUCAAACAUGAAUUUGCAGAUCGACCCGAGGUGUUCAAGAAUUUCCUGGGCAUCAUGAAGCAAUUCAAGACCGAAACGAUCGAUACGUCUCAAGUCAUCCGCCAGAUCUCCGAGCUCUUCCGUGGACAUCCCCAUCUCAUUCUCGGAUUCAACGCGUUCCUUCCGUCCGACCAACGCAUUCAACCGAACUCCCUCGACCUCCAUCCCCUAUCCUCUGCAAUCGAUCAGACGCUUCCGCCGCCCGCCAUCACGCCCAAUGCGACUUCAACGCCUUCGCAACAAAUCCGACCACAGAACCAAGGGCAGCUUUACCUGGAUCAGGUACCCAAGGAAUGCCGCCCGCGACGUCCUCAUGUAUACAUCAGGUCAAGCAUCAACUAACGGACCAACCUGAGUUGUUCAAGCAAUUUCUGUCGCUUAUGAAAGCGUUCCAGGCAGACACGCUCAACACCCGGGACGUCGUCCGUCGCAUCGAGGUGUUGUUCCACGGCCAUCCCGACUUGGUCACAGGGUUCCUCACGUUUCUACCCCCUGGGGAUCCUGUUCUAGAGCAAGUUGCUUCCACCCACCACACUCAAACGACAUAGUUUACCCAUUCGAUUCUCAUAUGUCAAUAUACACCAGCUACCGUAUACAUCAUCUCAUAUCCGAUACUAGG